UUUUCAACUCUCAGUAAUGCCAUAGUGAUCGUUUGAUAUAUGGACCUGCAGCGGAGUUUAGGCCCAGACACGGCUUGUGACAUCAGACUUAACGACCGGAUAAGUUCUCAGGAAAAUGUAACAUCACAUAAAACUAUAUACACUUCACGUUGUUCAGCAGCGCUGGUGGUGAUAUUUAUAAAUGUAUUUUCCUUUAUCUUUAAUAUUUAAACAAAAUAAUUUUUCAUAUAUCUGAACUUUGCACUUAAACUGUUACUGUUAAAAACCAAAUGUAUUAUCUAAUGAGAAACUAAACUCAAAUUAAUAAUAAUGUGGUUGUAAUAAUAAAAGUGUUUGCGUUUAUAUUGUGGUUUUAGUGAGAUCAUCUAAAUGGCAUGUAGCUUAUUGUACUGAAACAAAUGUUGGUAAAGGAAUGUAAGUUCCAGAUAGGUGAGUUUGUGAACUAAUGUUGUUAUCAUGAUAAUCACAUAUUAACCAUAACCAGGAUAUUUGAAGAUGAAAUGUCUAGAUGUAACAGAUCAUUAAUAGCAUAAAUGACUUAUAUAAGAACUUGUAUUUGUUUUAUAAAAAUAAUUUUACCUUUUAAUAAAAUAAAUAUAUGUAUACGUCUGUAAUGGAAUGGAAGUAUGUCAAUGACAAAUAGUCUAAUAGUUCACAUUAUUGUUUUGAUCUUGGUUUCCCUGUAUGUUGUAGACCAUCAAGUCAGUCGUAAAACAUGUUGUUUACUGUGAUGAACUUCACAAUAAAAUAAAUGGCAAGUGUAAAUAGCUUGUGGGCCUUUUAUUUUUAAAGUUUAAUGUAAACCGAAGAAAAGAUUUUACAUGAACAUUUUCAAAAAAAUGUGCUCCUGAUAAUGAAUUGAUUUGCAGAGGCAAAAUUUAAAUCAGUGAGAAACUCUUUAGUCCCUGAGAUAAAGACACUCAUAUCUCUGUGUGUAGUAGACUCUUGUUUGCAGGGAAAACUAACUCUGGAGAAUAGAGACUGUAAAUAACUUAUUAUUCCCUGCAGUCCUACCUGUGCAGGCAGUUGCCUGGGUGCACUGCUGUUGCUUGGUGAUGAUUUGUGAUAUCAGGUUGUGUACCUGACUCACUUUUACUCCUCCCAGUUAUAUCGAACCAUCAGUUCUUGCUUUGCUGAUGCAUAGAGGUAAGUCAGCUAACUCUGAGUGACAUGCUUAAGCCAAAUGAGGUUUGGGAAAUAUUGACUGUCUUUUUUUUAACCUUUGGACUUACAAACAGAAAUUGGACUGCUCUUUGUCUGUCAGAGCAACAUGUGCAGCUUUGUGAUUACCAAAGAUGGCUGGUAAAAGACUUUUGGUUGGAAAUUCAGAACUCAGCGACCCCUCAUGGAUGUCAAGAUGAUUUCUCAAGGACUAAGAAAUGUGGUGUGAUGCAAUGGCACUUGGCCACGGGUCAAAGAAAUCCGUAUCCUGUGACCAGGGGAUCACACAUGCUUCUCUAAGCAAUGGGGUGGGAGCUGCUACACAAGCUGUGGCUCCGCCCACUAGGAAGUCUUGGUCCUGCAAGUGUGUCCUUGCCUUCCUCAUCAUCCUCAUUGUCAUCAUUAUAGUUGCAGCAGCAAUUUUGGCUUGGUAUUUCCUGGAAUACAAGGUUUGGGUGUUAGAGGCUCGUGUCCAGCAGCAGUACACUGCCUACUUAUCCAUCCUCAACAGGAACUUCUCUACUGAUCUGUCCUCUCACAACAGUCCUGUUUUCAAGAAGGAAGCCAAGGGCGUUGAGAGUAUGGUAGAGAAUAUUAUGAAAGGUUCGAUUCUUUCUCGAUACUUCAACUGCACCACUGUGUUUGCCUUUGGGGAAGGAAGUGUUGUGGCUCACUUCUGGAUACUGCUGAAUAUACCCAGCAGCCAUGCUGAGGGAGUCACGCUGGAGAAGGUCAGAAGGAGCCUGGUGGAGGGGCUGAAGGGGUACAGCAGGUCAAAGGUGGAAGAGACAGCCAGCUUUGAUGGAUACCUUUUCCAUCUCCCUACACUAUCUGUCAGUGAAACUGACCCCAAAGUUGUAAAACUUUUGAAAGCCUCAUUUGACUGCUACCGCUAUCAGAAGGUGGUGUCCAGUUGCCCCGUUCUGCUCCGUGGCCCUAACACGCAGCGUUCCUCCUGUCUGUGGCACCUCCAGACCACCCCAGGCUCCCAGCUUGAGCUCCAUAUGGAGUGGCUGCUUCCAGAGUGCAGUGACAGACUGCUGGUGUACAACUCGCUCACCCCUGCUGAUAAUCAUCUCAUCACAUCUGUGUAUGGCUGCAGCAGACAUGAGCGCGUGGUCCGUGUCCUGUCAUCAGGAGAGUGGAUGACAGUGGUUUGGAAACAGGGUCUAUACAAUUACAAGGAAUCCUUUUCUUUGUCUGUGGGGGCUUGGGAACACCAGGACUGUAAUUCCACUAUACAGUUGGAGGCAGUAUCAGGGGUCCAAGGGACGCUAAAGACACCCUUCUUUCCCAGCUACUACCCUCCUGACACCAACUGUACCUGGAGCUUUACUAUGCCCAGUGCAGGGAUGGGCUUGUGUUUGACAUUUGAGGGCUAUGAGCUAAGCAGAGCCAGCUACAACCAGGCCUGUACCCAGGGACAGUGGGUCAUCCAGAAUCGCAGACUGUGCGGCACCAGGGCUCUGCAGCCCUACAGCGAACGUCUCUUCCUGCUCUCUACGACAGCCACUAUCUUCAUGACAUCUGAGGUGUCACUCACAGGGCCGGGCCUUCAGCUGCAAUACAGCGUCUUCAACCUGUCAGAUCCUUGCCCAGGACAGUUCCUGUGCACUGUGAAUGGUCUCUGCGUGCCCAUCUGUGAUGGAAUCAAGGACUGUCCCAAUGGCCUCGAUGAGAGAAACUGUGUAUGUGUGGCACAAUACAAAUGUCCAGAGGACAGUCAGUGUGUGGACUACUACAAAGUGUGUGACCAACACCCAGACUGCCCUGAAGCUACCGAUGAGAUGAACUGCACUGAAGGCGUGCAGUGUACAGAUAUGACCUAUGUGUGUGCCGACGGAACGUGUCUGAAGAAACCAAAUCCUGAGUGUGACUUUGUCACUGACUGCCCUGACGCCUCCGAUGAGAAACAUUGUGAGUGCGGCCUGAGGCAGUUCUCCAGCCGCAUUGUUGGGGGAACGGACGCCUCAGAGGGGGAGUGGCCAUGGCAGGCCAGCCUGCAGGUGCGGGGUAACCACAUCUGUGGUGGCACUUUAAUCGCCAGUCAGUGGGUGGUGUCGGCUGCCCACUGUUUCUAUGACGACCGUCUCUACUCCCCCUCAGUGUGGACAGUCUACCUUGGCAAACUUCUGAUCAACCGCAGCAGCCCUACAGAGGAGGUGGCGCGGGUCCAACGCAUCCAUCUACAUCAUUACUAUGACGAUGAGUCCCACGACUACGACCUGGCCCUGCUCAAGCUGGACCGGCCCGCCGCUGCGCUGCUGGCUGGGCAUGCUCGACCCACCUGCUUGCCCCCACCAACGCACCAGCUGGAGCCAGGCCUGCUUUGCUGGGUCACUGGCUGGGGGGCACUCCGUGAGGGGGGCACAGCCAGUAAUGUGCUUCAGAAAGUUGAUGUGCGCCUGGUUAGCGAGGAAUCCUGCAUCCGUUCCUAUGGACACCUGGUUACUCCCAGAAUGCUUUGUGCCGGUUACCGCAAUGGAAGGAAAGAUGCCUGUCAGGGAGACUCGGGCGGUCCCUUGGUGUGUCAGGAGCCUUCAGGUCGCUGGUUCCUGGCCGGGGUGGUGAGCUGGGGUAGAGGCUGUGGGCGUCCAGACUACUAUGGUGUCUACACUCGCAUCACCAGGCUCACCAACUGGAUAAAGCAGGUCAUCAGCAGCUCCUGAGUUACUGAUGUCAUACUUGCACCAGAACACCAAACUGGAAGAGAGAGAAAAAAUGCCUUAAUGUGUUCACAGAUGACCUGAGACUGGUUUUUAUCCAAACAAUGCAACUGUGAAAUGUUAAAGGCUUUUUUCCAAAGUAACAAAAGUAGUGAAAUACUGAAAUGAUACGCCUCUAAUAACUGAUAGUAAAAAACGCUUUGAAAUUGUACCCAGCGAAAAAUCAUUUACAAGCUGAAUCUUCCUCAUUUGAAAGAUAAUAAACUUCCCAUAUAGCCUCA